CAGAAUGUCAUCAGAUGAGGAGAAAGGCUCACUUCCUGUUAUACAGAAUGACUCUGACCGGCGCAGUUCUGUGUCUUCAGAUCUUCAGGAAGAGUACGAAGAACUGCUUCGUUAUGCUAUCGUGACUCCAAACAUCGAGUCAGGUGCUUCACAGCCAUGUCAUUCUAAGGGAGAGCUGGUACCAGAUGUGAGAGUUCCUACUAUAAUUGAUGAUAUUCUUCAUAAUCAAGGAAAUAGCCCUGCAGUAAGAGAAACAGAGAUGGAAGUUGGAAAAGGAGGUGAUUUAAAUAUUUCAGGUCAUCCAAAGACAGAUGGGUCAUCGCCAGUGUCGUCACCGAGGAAGCCCUCACACCCAGUCAUGGAUUUCUUCAGUUCUAACCUCUUCGGUGACUCUUCCUCACCAGCAUCUAUUUCUAGUCAUGCAGAUGUCCAUGAAAUCGUUGUGAGCGAUUUUCUUAUUUCGGAUGAAAACCUUCAGAAGAUGGAAAACGUACUGGAUCUUUGGAGUUCAGGGCUUAAGACAAACAUCAUAUCUGAACUAAGCAAAUGGAGACUUAAUUUUAUUGACUGGCACCGAAUGGAAAUGAAAAAAGAGAAAGAAAAACAUGCAGCACACUUAAAACAACUGUGCAACCAGAUCAACAGCUUAAAGGAGCUGCAAAAAGCCUAUGAAGUUUCCAUUGGGAGAAAAGAUGAGGUAAUUUCUAGCUUGUCUCAUGCCAUAGGCAAGCAAAAGGAAAGGAUAGAGCUGAUGAGAACAUUCUUCCACUGGCGAAUUGGCCAUGUUAAAUGCAGACAGGAUGUCUAUGAAGGUAAACUAGCUGACCAGUACUUCCAGAGAACUUUACUGAAGAAGGUCUGGAAAGGCUGGCGGUCCAUAGCACAGAAGCAGUGGAAAGAGGUAGUAGAACGAGCUUGUCAAGCAAGAGCGGAAGAAGUUUGUGUCCAGAUUUCCAAUGAUUAUGAAACCAGAGUUGCUGUGUUAUCUGGAGCUUUGGAAAAUGCAAAAGCUGAGAUUCAAAGAAUGCAGCAUGAAAAAGAGCACUUUGAAGAUUCCAUGAAGAAAGCUUUCAUGAGGGGGGUGUGUGCAUUAAAUCUCGAAGCCAUGACUAUAUUUCAAAACAGAGGUGAUACAGGACUAGACUUCACAAAUAGAAAAGAAGAGUAUGGCCCUGGCGUUCAAGGCAAAGAACAUUCUGCUCAUUCGGAUCCUCUGGCCCCUCCAGUGCCCCCAGUGGUUGCACUGCCACAGUCCCCGCCCCCAGCUGCCAUGGGAGCGGCCGGCGCCGCUGCUUUUCCUUCCGCCGCUUCCAUCCCGUCGGCUGGGGCUCCUUCCACUUCCUCUGCUCACCUUCCUGUUUCUGCAACUCUCGGCGCUGGGUCUACAGCGGCUGCUGCACCAGAAGAAAUGUAUGUGCCCAGAGUUGUGACAUCUGCACAACAGAAAGCUGGAAGAACAAUUACAGCCCGGAUCACAGGGAGAUGUGAUUUUGCCUCAAAAAACAGAAUUAGUAGCAGCUUAGCUAUAAUGGGAGUUUCUCCUCCCAUGAGCUCAGUUGUUGUGGAGAAACAUCAUCCAGUCACAGUGCAAACCAUUCCUCAAGCUGCUGCAGCAAAAUAUCCCCGGACAAUUCAUCCUGAAAGUACCUCAGCUUCUAGAUCCCUUGGAACCAGGUCAACUCACACCCAGUCUCUCACAAGCAUUCAUUCCAUAAAAGUGGUUGACUAAAAUGAAUAUGCACAUAUUGAGAUCUUUUAAUUCUUCUGGUUUUACCAAGAAUUAGAAGUCUCUAGUUGUUGUUAAAAUUUCAUAUUCUCAGAACAUCAUAGAUAUAUCAUGUUCAUCUUUUCAAAAUUACAAGAGACUUUUUCAAGCCAUACCAUCCUUUGUAACUAUAUGUAGGAUUAUUUUAAUUUUAAUGUUAUUUUUUUAAUUUAAGCAAUUAAGUAAAACUUUUUUAAAUUAAAAAAUGACUUAAUUUUUUAAUAGGUUCAGCCUGUCACUCAUUACACCAUAAGAGUAUAUAAAUUCUGUUUUCUCAACGUUAUUUCCAAAAGGCUAAAUCAUUUCCAGUGUUACUGAGUAAACUUUGAGAACUUUACUAAAAAUAUGAAAACUAAUAGAAAAAUUAAGGUAUUUUUAUUUUAAAAUUUAAAAAAAGUAAUAAUGAUACU